GUAACACACCGGAGAAUGUACUUCCGGUUAGGCAUUCUGGGAAUUGUAGUUCCACCACGAACGGUGGCCAAAGUUGCUUCCGCUCACUCCAGGGCCUGCUUCCUGCCAGAGCUCCUGGUGAGGCGAGAUCCUGGGCGUCCCGGGCCCUUCGUGAGCCCUCGCGCGCCCGCUGUCUCCCCUCGGCGACCGAGGCCGCGGCCCGGGGAGGAGCGGGCGGCGGGGGCCGGGUCCUCUGUCGCUGGGCUCUGCCUGGGGCGGCGCUGCCCGGGUGCCCUGGACCCUCUCAGCUGCUGCCGGAGCCCCCGGGAGAGUCCAGCUUCCCACGGAGCCCGGCGGAGGAGCUGUGAGGACCGCGGGCCGGUGCGCCGAAGCCCCCAGUGCUUGCUUGCCAGAGCCCUGCCUUGUCUCAAAGAGAAGAAGAGAACCAUGACCAAGUUACAGGAGGCAGUGACGUUCAGGGACGUGGCCGUGGUCUUCAGUGAGGAGGAGCUGGAGCUGCUGGAUGCUGCCCAGAGGAAGCUGUACCAUGACGUGAUGCUGGAGAACUUCAGGAACCUUCUGUCAGUGGGAGGCCAGACUCCAAACAAGAUGGAGACUCUUCACGUAACAUUACUAACGUGCCUUUCACUGGGACAGCCUCUAUGCUGGCAAAUGACAAGCCAUGAUGUUGACACAUUGGCCAGAACUCCAGAAGCUGUGAUAGACACUCAAGGAGAGGGUUCUCACUUCCUAGAGCAAUGCCAUGUCUCCUGCCAUGGGGGAGCAGAAGAGCCUCCCUGGGCCUCCAAGGAGAACAGCUGUUUGGAGAGUCUUAUAAGUGACCGUUCCCAAAUUUCUGAAUAUCAGGAAUUUCUGUGUGAGAUUGCUCAGAGUUCUUGGAGUAAAAUCCAUCUUAGCCAGAGACAGAACCAUCAGAAACACUGUCCACAGACUCUGGUGAAAAACAAGCCACAGCUGUUGGCUCUGGGUGUUGACAUUCUGAGUUGCAUUUCCCACCCUGAUAACAAUACACUGCAUCAAAGAGACAAAGCCCACAGCAGCGGCCACUGCAAUAACAUCAUCGUUCCUGGGUCACCCCGCAGCCAGCAUGAGGAUCACACUGAAACAAUGGCCUACCAGGGCAGCAAGGGCCAGAAAGCCAUCACUGACAGCCCCAGGCUAGAACUCCAUCCACAGGUCCCCUUAGGCAAGGAGUCCCCUGAACCUAGGACACAGGAGGACACCAGGCCUAGCUCCAGUGUCCCCAUUCAACAAAGUGCUCAUCCAGGAAAAAAGCGCUACUGGUGUCACGAGUGUGGCAAGAGAUUCAGUCAGAGCUCAAAAUUUCAGACUCACCAGAGAGUGCACACAGGGGAGAAGCCCUGUAUCUGCCCAGAGUGUGGGAAAAGCUUUAACCAGACCUCACACCUGUAUGCUCACCUGCCCAUCCACUCAGUCGAGAAGCCCUACCGUUGUGACACCUGUGGGAAAGGCUUCAGCCGCAGCUCAGAUCUCAGCAUCCAUUGUCGGGUGCACACUGGGGAGAAACCUUACAAGUGUGAGGUCUGUGGGAAGGGCUUCACGCAGUGGGCACACCUUCAGGUUCACAAGAGAAUUCACACAGGAGAGAAGCCGUAUAAAUGUGGAGAGUGUGGCAAACACUUCAGCUGUAGCUCAAACCUUCAUGCCCAUGAGAGAGUCCACACUGAGGAGAAACCCUACAAGUGUGAUGAGUGUGGGAAGUGCUUCAGCUUGAAUUACAACCUUCAAAGCCAUCAGCGGGUCCACACAGGAGAGAAGCCAUAUAAAUGUGAAGAGUGUGGAAAGGGUUUCAGUUCAGUCUCAAGCUUCCAAAACCACCAGCGGGUCCAUACAGGAGAGAAGCCAUUUCACUGCAAUGUGUGUGGAAAGGGCUUCCGUCAGAGCUCAUAUUUUCAAGAGCACCAGAGAAUUCACACUGGGGAGAAACCAUACAGAUGUGAUGUGUGUGGGAAGUGCUUCAGAAACACCUCAAUCCUUCACACCCACCAGAGAGUCCACACUGGUGUGAAGUCUUUUAUUUGUCAGGAAUGUGGGAAAGGCUACAGUCAUGCCUCAAGUCUGCAGGUUCAUCAGAGACUCCACACUGGUGAGAAGCCGUUCAAAUGCCAUGUGUGCCAGAAGCGCUUCAGUCAGGCCUCAAACCUCCAGGCCCACCAGAGGGUGCACACGGGGGAGAAGCCCUACAAAUGUAACACGUGUGGGAAAGCCUUUAGCCAGAGAUCUUAUGUCCAAAUCCAUCAGAUAAGUCACACUGGGGAGAAGCCAUUCAAGUGUGAGGAGUGUGGGAAGGAAUUCAGAUGGAGCUCGGGGCUUAGUGCUCACAGAAGGGUCCACACAGGACAGAAACCCUUCACAUGUCAGCAGUGUGGGAAAGGCUUCAGUCAGGCCUCAUAUUUCUAUCUGCACCAGAGGCUCCACACUGGGGAGAGACCCUACAUCUGCAGCAUCUGCUCUAAGGGCUUCAUUCAGAGAUCACAUCUCGUCUACCACCAGAGGGUCCACACUGCAGGGAAUCUCUAUUCUGGUGCCACCGGGGGCCGAAAUCGCUUCCGCUCGAGGGAGGCAAAGCUUUCAGCUGAGCAACUGGUGAAGCGAGAUCCGGGGGCGUCCCGGGCCCUUCGUGAGCGUUCGCGCGCCCGCUGUCUCCCCUCGGCGACCGAGGCUGCGGCCCGGGGAGGAGCGGGCGGCGGGGGCCGGGUCCUCUGUCGCUGCGCUCUGCCUGGGGCGGCGCUGCCCGGGUGCCCUGGACCCUCUCAGCUGCUGCCGGAGCCCCCGGGAGAGUCCAGCUUCCCACGGAGCCCGGCGGAGGAGCUGUCCCAGCACAGCUCUCAUGAAAGCCUUUCCUCCCCCAUCUUGCUUGCCAGAACCCUGCCUUGUCUCAAAGAGAAGAAGAGAACCAUGACGAAGUUACAGGAGACAGUGACAUUCGGGGAUGUGGCUGUGGUCUUCAGUGAGGAGGAGCUGGAGCUGCUGGAUGCUGCCCAGAGGAAGCUGUACCAUGAUGUGAUGCUGGAGAACUUCGUGAACCUUCUGUCAGUGGGAGGCCAGACUCUUCACGCUACAUUACUAAGGUGCCUUUCGCUGGGGCAGCUUCCAUGCUGGCCAAUGACAAACCAUGAUGUGAACAAACUGGCAAGAACUCCAGAAGUUGUUAUAAACACUCAAGGAAGGGGUUCUCACUUCCUGAAGCAAUACCACUCCUCCUGCCAUGGGGAAACAGAAGAGCCUCUUGGGACCUCUGAGGAUGACAGCUGUCUUGAACGUCUUACAAGUGACCUUUGCAGCAUUAUUGAAAAUCAGGAAUUUCUGUCUGGGAGAACUCAAAGUUCAUGGAGUAAAACACAUCUUACCAAAAGCCAGAACCAUCAGAAAAACUGUCCACAGGCUCCGGUGAAAAGCAGUGCAAUGCUGUUGGCUUCAGGUAUUGACAGUCUGUGUUGUAUUUCCCACCACAAUAUAGUGCAUGAAAGAGACAGAGCCCACAGCAGCGAUGACUGUGGUAAAGUAAUUUUUUCUGCAUCACCCCUCACUCAGCAUGGUAUUUACACAAAAGGGAAGGCCUACGAGUGCAGCAAGGGCCAGGAAGCCGUAACUGACAGCCCCAGUCUGCAACUCCAUCAGCAGGUCCUCUUAGGAAAAAAAUCCCUUGUUUGUAGUACACAUGAGGACACCAGGCAUAGCUCCAGUGUCCCCAUUCAACAAGAUACUCAUCCAGGGAAAAAGCGCUACUGGUGUCAGGAGUGUGGCAAGGGUUUCAGUCAGAGCUCAAAUCUUCAGACUCACCGGAGAGUGCACACAGGAGAGAAGCCCUACCAGUGCAACACCUGUGGGAAAGGCUUCAGCCGCAAGUGGGAUCUCAAAAUCCACAGCAGAGUGCACACCGGAGAAAAACCGUAUAAAUGUAAGGUGUGUGGGAAGGGCUUCACAAAGUGGGAGCACCGCCAGAUCCACGAGAGAACUCACACAGGGGAGAGGCCAUAUAAGUGUGGAGACUGCGGCAAACUCUUCAGCUGUAGCUCAAAUCUUCAUGCCCAUCAAAGAUUCCACACUGGAGAGAAACCGUACAAAUGUGACGAGUGUGGGAAGUGUUUUAGCUUGAGUUGGCACCUUCACAGCCAUCAGCGGGUCCACACAGGAGAGAAGCCAUAUAAAUGUGAAGAGUGCAGGAAGGGUUUCAGUUCCUUCUCAACCUUCCAUAGACACCAGGGGGUCCAUACAGGACACAGACCAUUUCACUGUAAUGUGUGUGGGAAGGGCUUUAGUGGGAGCUCAGAUUUUCAAGCCCACCAGAGAGUUCACACUGGGGAAAAACCAUACAGAUGUGAAGUGUGUGGGAAGCACUUUAGAAGUACCUCAAAUCUUCACACCCAUCAGAGAGUUCACACUGGAGAAAAACCAUACAUAUGUGAUAUAUGUGGGAAGUGCUUCAGAAGUACCUCUAACCUUCACUCCCAUCAUAGAAUCCAUAUGAAAGAGAAACCUUAUAAAUGCGAGGAAUGUGGGAAAGGCUUUAGUCACGCCUCAGCUCUACAGGCUCAUCAGAGUGUCCACACUGGUGAGAAGCCCUUCAAAUGUGACACGUGCGGAAAAGCCUUCACUCAGAGGUCCAAUCUCCAAGUCCAUCAGAUCAUUCACACCGGAGAGAAGCCAUUCAAGUGUGAGGAGUGUGGGAAGGAAUUCAGAUGGAGUGCAGGGCUUAGUGCUCACCGGAGGGUCCACACAGGAGUGAAAGCCUACACAUGUCAGCAGUGUGGAAAAGGCUACAAUAAUGCCUCAUACUUCCAGAAGCACCAGAGGAUCCACACUGGGUAGUGGCCCAAAAUCUGCAGCAUCUGCUCUAGCUUCAGUCAGAGAUCACAUCUCAUCUACCACCAGAGGGUCCACACUGCAGGGAAUCUCUAGGUUUGUUCUGCUGUCAGGUGGACCCCAUGGUGCUGAGUGACAAGAGCUCCCCAAAAAUCCAGAGGCUUCUGGAGGCUUCAUGGGGGACUGUAUUUGAGUUAUUUUGUCUUCAAAUCAUUUCCUACUGGCCUCAUUAUGCAAAGGGAGGACAGUAUUUUAGAAUAGAUCUUCUUAGCAUACAAAGUAAAAAAGUAAAGACAUAAAAAGGGUGUAGUAGCAAAUAAAAAUCAGUGUUGGGCUAUAUAAAAUUUAUUAUUUGCCCUAUGAUUAUCAUGACGGUAUUAUCUAGCCCUGCUAACACAAAUAAUAAGAUAGAGACACCUGUUAGAUUUUAUAAUUGCCUUAUUUACCCUGGGCCAGGCAGAUAUUUUUACCUGCACUGGCUGUCUCAGUAACCUCACCAUUCAUCUCCCAGCAUGCAUCCACCCUUAACCAUCCUUAUCUAGUCUACCUUCUAUCCAUAAUUCCGUGGUACUUGCUUACAUUCUUUGUCAAGCCUUUCCACACCAUCCUUGGAGUCCUUUCUCCAGUCCCACGUGGUUCCUUCUCCAUCAUGGCUUCCUCCUCCCGCCUCUUCCCAUCUAUCAGUUUCCUGUGAUUCCCUCUCUUCAAAAGUCCAGGAACCUUAGCCAUGCCUGCCCCAUUCUGCCCUGCCCAGGUAUAGGCCUUUAACCAAUCAGGUAUAAUGUUUUAGUUUAUAAAACAAGGAUAGGUGGAACCAGAUCUUCAGGGCCAGCAUCUGACCAACCUCCAACAAAAGGACUUUGAAUUUUAUUAUAACAGGAAGAAUUUUCAGUGGUCAGGAACAGAGCCAACAAUAAUCAAAGUGCUUCAUAGUAAUGCUGAGAUUAUGUCAUGAGUAAUCAAUGUUGAUGGGCAAUGAGUUUGUAGCAACUAUUUGGAGAAAUUAACAAAUAUAACCAAACUCCAUUACUUUCAGAGAGUGUCCCAAAAGGUACCCAAAGAAAUGAAAUUUGUCAAAUGGAUGUUUUUCAUUUUGCAGAGUUUGGAAAAUUAAAAUAUAUGCACGAUACAAUAGACAAAAUAUUCAGGAUUUCAAUGGGCAACUGCUUUAUGUUCUAAAGAACUGAUUUUGUUAUUACACAUUUCUUGGAAGUUAUAGCAAUUUUGGGGCUAUCUGUACAGAUUAAAACACAAUACUCCUCCUAUGUCUCUAGUAAAAAUAAGCAGGGUUUUUUGCAUAUCAAUAUAAAGCAUAUCACAGUACACCACACAUUGCUGCAGGACAAGUAAUUAUAGAGAGGUCAAAUACUUUAAAAGAGAUGCUUAACAAACAGGUGUAACAAAAACUUCCAGGGAUAGAUUACAUUAUGCUUUAUUAACUUUAAUUUCUUAAAUGCUAAAUGAGAAAAUAUAGUUGCUGAGAGACAAUGGAUUAUAGAAAAACUACAGAACUAAAUCAGCGUGUUCAUGUUAAGGGUGUCAUACUUCACAAUAGACAGGAAAUGUGUUACAUUUGGGGAGAGGUUUUGUAUUUGUAUCAACAGGAGAAAAAAAAACUGGAUUCCAUCGUAAUGUAUGAAACACAGAUUUGACCUGAAGAGUCCCUCUGAAGGUCUUGGCUGCUGUCAUGAAGGAUGAAACCAAGAGGACCAACAGGUAACACAUAUUGGUGAUCCCUCUGUAAGGCAACAGUUUGGAGACUGAGACAUGAAAAUGUCUCCAGCUUGAACUUUAGCUCUGCAUAGCCUGUAAAUCUUGUUGGCUUCUAAAUUCUUUCAUAUGACAUGGAAGAAAAUUUAUUACAGUUUGUUUAUCAUGGUGGUUUGAAUAGGUUUGGCUCCCAUAGACUCAUGAUUGAAUGUUGGACCCAUGGGGAGUGGCACUAUUAGGAGGUAUGGACUUUUUGGAGGAAGGGUGUCACUGUAUGGAUUGGCUUUGAGGUCUCCCAUGUUCCUGCACUGGGCAGAAAAGUGCCCUUCUACUGCCUGCGGAUCAAGAUGUGGAAUUCUCAGUUCCUUCUCCAGCACCCUGUCUGCCUGCACACUGCCAUGCUCUCUGUCAUGAUAAUGGAUGAACCUCUGAAAAUCCAGCUCCAAUUAAAUGUUUUAUGAGA